UAUUUUAAUCUGUAUAUUUGAUUAAUAUAGUUCAUUAAUUUGAUUGUAAAAAAUAUUUCAAUUAGACUGCGCCAUUUCUAUAACCUCUAGGAAGAAGGUUCGCGCGGUAACUGUCACAAAAAAAGAUUUUUUCUUUGUUUAAAUUUAUAAAUCAAUAGACCGAAUGAAUGACGUAUAAACUCAAUCCAGCUCUACUUGACAAAUUAGCCGUAGGUUUUGCGGCAUUGAAAACUCGUCGUAGCAACGAAAAAAAUGAUAACUGGGGAACGUUCUCUACACAUGCUCAGUUUUAUCUGAACAGUUUUAUCUAAUGGUGUUUUUAAUGUCUGUUUUACGGUCUAUACCAAUAGUCGGCAAACUUAACCAGAGUCAAAUAUGAACUAUACAAUUACGAAAAAUUGAAAACCAAAUUUCAACAGUGAUCUUUUUUCCAAUAAAUUGUAAAAAGAACAAUGUGGCGCCCCAUAUUCACGAUAUUUCGGAAAGUAGUUUUACCUUCUAUAAAAGACAACGUUAAAUUUUCUAAAACGUUCUAUUCUACAAAAAAUCGUUUCCCGAAAUCCACUGCGAAACUAACCCUUGUAAGCGCCAGCGUUGGUGUCUUGAUUGGAGCCGGUUAUGGGGGCUAUACGCAUUAUGUAGUAAAUUCCAAGAAACGUCCAAAACUUACCUUGAACGAAGAAUAUGCUUUUUUAAACGAAGCUCCUCCUUACCGGGCACAUUACAAAGUUAUUAAUGAAUCAGAUUCAAGUAAUUUACAGUUAAUUUUGUUCCAAUACCGAACAUGCCCAUUUUGCUGUAAAAUUAGAUCAUAUCUUGAUUCCAAAGGUAUCAGUUAUGAAAUUGUAGAGGUGGAUGCAGUUUUGCGUCAGGCUAUCAAAUGGUCCGCUUACAAAAAAGUUCCUAUUGUAUUGGCCAAAGUAGAUGGUGGAUAUCAGCAAUUAAUGGACAGUACAGCUAUAAUAUCUGCUUUAGAGACAUACUUCCGUGAUAGAACCACUCAACUUACUGAGGUUAUUAAAUUUUAUCCCAUAACCAGAUAUACCAAUGAUGAUGGGAAAAGCACUACAGAUAUAACAAAUAAAUAUUUUGUAAUGCACAACUCUUCUGUACCUGACCAGAAAGAGAGAGUAGAAGAAAAAGAAGAACGGGAGUGGCGUCAAUGGGCAGAUAGUGUGCUGGUACAUACACUUUCACCAAAUGUAUACCGAACCCCAGGUGAAGCUUUGGAGACCUUCAAAUGGUUUGAGGAAGUAGGUGGUUGGAAGCAGUCCUUCCCCAGUUGGGAGUGUGCUUUGAUGGUAUAUGGUGGUGCAGCAGCUAUGUGGAUGAUUGCCAAGAGACUUAAGAAAAGGCACAAUCUGGAGGGUGAUGUUAGACAUUCACUAUAUAAUGCGGCUGAUGCAUGGACUAAUGCUGUUAAGAAGAAAGGAUCCAAGUUCCUCGGUGGAGAUCAACCUAAUUUGGCCGACGUUUCAGUAUAUGGUGUACUCAGCAGUAUCGAAGGUUGUCAAGCUUUUCAAGAUUUAAGAAAUAAUACUGAUAUCGGUAAAUGGUAUGAUGAUAUGAGGGAUAACAUUUCUAGUAAAAAAGGCAGAGUUCUUGCACUACAUACAAUGAAUUAAAAAUAUCAAGUUCGUGCCACCGACUUGUCAAUGGAUUCAUUUUUAAGUUGAAAUAUUGGCAUGGAUUUUGUCACAGGUAGGAAACGCAAUGAUUUUUUUUUAAUAAUUCAAAUAUAACUUUUGUUUUUAAUUAAUUGUGUACUAUCAUUUGGUACAGAUGUUAGUGCUACUAGGGCCCUUGGUGUGACGUCAUUUUUUAGUACUUUUGGGGUAUAUACAGUUUUAUAUGAGGCUGUAAUUCGCAAAAUACGCCGAUUUGUGUUAAUUGCUAGGUGCUUGAUAAUCCGACUAACUCGGAGUCCUAGUAUAGUGCAUAUUAGACUCUGUACUAUAUGUUUAGAGACACAGAGUUGCUUUUCGCUUGUAUAUUGAAUUGAUUCGAUUGUGUGGAUUUGUAUGUAAUAUUUAUUAAUACUUAAAGCAUAAAUGAAUUUGAUUUUUACGAGUGAGUCUUAAGAUUCUUAUUUAUCCCCUGAGAGUCUAAGGGUUACAGUUUUUUUUUACAAAUGCUGUUAUUAAUGAUCUUAACUGACUUAGUUAUUUAUUAAUUAAAAGAAGAUUUGGGUUUCCUAUUGAUAUAUGUAAAAGCAGUCAAAUGAUUUUUUUUUGGUUAUGUUCUGUUCCUAUUCGGUUUGUGAAUGGUAAAUAAAUAAAAAUAGGAUUUAACAAUUCUAGGAUAGUGCACAUAUUGUAGUACAAAUAAUUAAAUUUAUACUCACAUUCGAACAAAAUAUAACAUUAAAAUUAAAUUAAUAUUUAUGAUUUCCACAUUUUAGUGUAUUUGUUACCAUUAAUGAUAUUAAAAAAAAUCAUGUAAUAAUGACAUUAAUUUCAUGUAUUGUUUAUAACUUCAUUUGAAUCAUGUUAUUGGUUAAUUAUGUUUUUAAAUAAAUUUUUGCGUCCAAAAAAAGUAUUGAAUCCAUAAAGAGCUUCGUUAUUGUUUAAAUAUUACUAGUAUGUUAUUGUUAUUAGUACAAAAAUGUUUUGUUCGUUAAAGUUGAGGUGAUAUUGUUAUUGUAGUGGUGUUUUGAAGAAUAAAACUUGCAUAACUUUUAA